AUCGGCGGCGGCCGCACUCGGCCCUGGGCUCACUGCGAGCUGCUGGCCGAACCAUGGGCUGCGACGGCCGGGUGUCUGAGCUGCUCCGCCGCAACCUACAGCCCACGCUCACCUACUGGAGCGUCUUCUUCAGCUUCGGCCUGUGCAUCGCUUUCCUGGGGCCCACGCUGCUGGACCUUCGCUGCCAGACGCACAGCUCGCUGCCCCAGAUCUCCUGGGUCUUCUUCUCACAGCAGCUCUGCCUCCUGCUAGGCAGCGCCCUCGGGGGUGUCUUCAAGAGGACCCUGGCCCAGUCGUUAUGGGCCCUCUUCACCUCUACCUUGGCCAUCUCCCUGGUAUUUGCUGUCAUCCCUUUUUGCCAUGAUGUGAAGGUAUUGGCCUCGGUCAUAGCGCUGGCGGGCCUAGCCAUGGGCUGCAUCGACACCGUGGCCAACAUGCAGCUGGUGAGGAUAUACCAGAAGGACUCAGCCUUCUUUCUUCAGGUCCUCCAUUUCUUCGUGGGCUUUGGUGCUCUGCUGAGCCCCUUGAUUGCUGAUCCCUUCCUGUCAGAGGCCAACUGCUUUCCUGCUAAUAGCACAGCCAAUGCCACCUCCAGAAACUAUGCAUCCCGGGUCCUGAGCCAACAUCAUGCAGCAGCCCAACCUUGGUCAAACCAGACGAUCUCCAGGCCACCCCCAAAAGAUUCGACAGAGAACCACGUAUCCUAUGCCUUCUGGAUCAUGGCUCUCAUCAAUCUCCCAGUGCCCCUGGCUGUUCUGUUCCUGCUGUCCAAGGAGCGGCUGCUGACCUGCCCGCAGCGGAAGCCACUGCUACUAUCUGCAGACGAGCUUGCACUGGAGACCCGGCCUGCUGAGAAGGAAGACACCUCCUCACUGGCCCCCAAGUUUCAGCCACACCCAGGGCAGGAGGACCUGUUCUGUUGCCAGGGAAAGAACUUCCGGGGAGCCCCAUGCUCUUUCUUCGCCAUCCACAUCACAGCUGCUCUGGUCCUGUUCAUGACAGAUGGGAUGAUGGGUGCUUAUUCUGCCUUUGUGUACAGUUAUGCCGUGGAGAAGCCACUGUCUAUUGGGCACAAGAUGGCUGGUUACCUCCCCAGCCUCUUCUGGGGUUUCAUCACCCUGGGCCGGUUCAUUUCUAUCCCCAUCUCCUCAAGAAUGAGGCCAGGCACCAUGGUGUUCAUUAACGUGGUGGGAGUGGUGGUGACAUUCCUCCUGCUGCUUAUUUUCUCCUACAAUGUCAUCUUCCUGUUUGUGGGGACUGCAAGCCUGGGGCUGUUUCUGAGUAGCACCUUCCCCAGUAUGCUGGCCUAUACCGAGGACAUACUCCAGUACAAAGGUUGUGCAACCACAGUGCUGGUGACUGGGGCAGGAAUUGGCGAGAUGGUCCUGCAGAUGCUGGUUGGUUUGAUCUUCCAGGCCCAGGGCAGUUAUAGUUUCCUGGUCUGUGGUGUGAUCUUUGGCUGCCUGGCUUUUAUCUUCUACAUCUUGCUCCUGUUUUUCCACAGGAUACACCCUGAACUCUCAUCAGUUCUUACCCAAGACAAACCCCUUGGUGUGGAGAACUCUGAGUGCUACCAGAGGUGAAGACCUCAGCUUCCUGAACAACAGUGAGACCAAACUGACACAGGAAGCCAGGGUCGCAGAGGAGGCUUCCCUUGCCACCUUGUUUGUAUCUCCCCCUUUCAUACUUAGCCAAGAACUUGAGUCCUGGUCCCCGAGACUUCCCUGGACAAAUCAAGCACCUGCCUGACACUUUAGUUAUCUUCAUCUCUGGCUCAGACUUUAGUCUAGGACACCAUUGGAGAGGAGGAAAGACUGGUCACACCUCUCCACUCAUCACCCCAUGCAUGAGCUAAACUCUGGGUUUGAGAUGACUUUUAGUUGAGGUUUGAAAAAAAGGCUGAAAUCAUAAAUCAUUAAUCACUGCUAGAUGUAGAUAUAUUUUAAAUUAAUCAAAACUCUCUGGCAUGUUUGAAAAGGAUUAUGGAUUCUUCACUUACCCAUGGUCCACAGUCCCUUACAUUCCUCCUGCAGAAAUCAGUAGUUCAUCUGUCCUCAGACAGCAAAGAACAUGUUGAAGCUUGCUUUAAGACCCUAGUUCACUGGGCUAACUCAGACCAGCUUUAGAAAAGUUGACUGUUAAAUUCUUAUUUUGAGAGCUAGUCGCUUAGCCAUAACUAAAACUUAAAUUAAUUUUUGAGACAGUGUUUUCUCUGUGUAGCCAUGGAGGUCCUGGAAUUCACUCCAGGUUCAACACCAGGCUGGCCUCAAACUCAAUGAGAUCUGCUUGCCUCUGCCUCCCAAGUACUGGGAUUAAGGGUAUGUGCCACCACUGCCUAGCUUUAAAAAAAAAAAAAAAAGAAUUAUUUUAUAACUAAACAAAGAUGCUCCUGACUGCUGUCACUAUGCAGUGGCAUCAAGGUGGUGGCAUUUCUGUGACAGAAUACCGCUGGGCUCCUCUCAGCUCUUAGUGACAGCCAAAUGAUAGUCUGAAGUCAGCCAUGGCACAGAAAUGACAAAAGCUGCACACCAUGGCUGUCCCCCUUUGGGAAGAGAUGAUUUUUCAGGAUCUCGAUUCUAACAAGCAACACUAAUUGGUUCAGAAAGCACAGGGAGAAUGAAAUGGACAUCCUGUUAUUCUUUACUGAGAUCCUCAACAUGCAGAAGCAGGACCAAGAAUUUUAGAAAAAAGCUCUGGAAUUUUAUACCUUUUAUAGAGGAAAAUUUUAUACUGUGUCAAAGUUUUUUUUUUUUUUUUUCCCAUAUAAAUCUAGGAUUACUGAACAAUUCAGGCCAUGCAGUAUACAGACAGCAGUAUCAGUAUGCAGAACACAGCAUCUGUCAGGAGUUCCCAGGUCAAUAGAGAACACAGAGGGCUAGCAAUAUAGAGAAUGCAAGAAUGCAGGCUCCCAGCCAGCACAGGGCUGGGUACAAGGCUCCAGGAGCCACUGACAAGGCUGUUACGGUGACUUCUGGAAGGAAAGAAAUGUCCCAUCAUAGUCAUUGGUUUAUCCAUGCAUUCUCUGUGAACAUACAUGUGUUCAUGUGAAAGUUAAGUGGGUUGUGGUCACAAGGCUGUAGUUCACAGUCCAGACACUAGCAGAGAAAUCAGGUAGCAGCCUUCCAGCUGGCCCUCCCCCUCCCACAAGCAUUUCCAGCUUGUUUUUGCCAGUAUGGAGGCAUUUCUCAAAGCAGCCUACCUCAACAGGAAUCCUGAGAGAACUAACAGUGGAGUAUCUGCUACAUGUCUGACACGGGGACUGCCUAAGCUCAUAAGCAGCUUAGAAGCCAUCCACAUUUGGUACAAACUUUAGGUGAAACACAGAUGGUCUAAGCGAAUCCUUUUAACUAUAUUUAUAAAUACUUUUAAAAGUACCCAAUGCUGGCCAAAUUGAAAUGUGCAACCUAACUCUAGUGACUGACCUGGGCAAAGAGAAAGAAGUUGUAUUUUUCUUGUAGUUUUUCAAGAAAACAUCCUUUUUAUACAGAUCUAGAAAGAAGAAUCACUGGUUAUAUCUACAUUUGUGAUGAUUGAUGUGUUAAUAUACAAAAUAAAUUAAGACGAAUCUAA